ACCGGUACCGGAUUUUCUGAGCAGUGCAUGCCAGCAGUCCGCUGAGCUGAGCUGAUUCCGAAACCAAUUUUUACGAAGAAGCACUCAGUCUCAGACUCAGAGUCUCAGGUAUUAGCCAACUCCUUGGAAUUCAUGUUCUGAGAUGUAAUAGGAAGAGAAAUAUCUGUAUGAUUGGAUUUUAGAACUGAAAUUGCCUCAGAAAGCUCGAAAGGAAGAUUCUGACCUUUGACCCCAAUGGGAUCCACAGAUAAACCAUCAAUCGUGAACCAACUUCAAGGGGAGAUGGAUGAGCUUCAUCACAUACAGUACAGCACAGACUUCAGCACUGAUGUCAACAGGAAAAUGCAGAUACCAUCAAGGCUUAGCAUGGAACCAGAGGAGCCAUUUAUGGCAGAUCCACCGUCACCAACACAAAACUUUGGUUUGAAUACAGAGAGCUUUGAAGGGAGUCCAGCACAUGCCAUGAAUGUACCAGAAAGAAUCCUCAUUGCGGGAUCUGAUCAGCAUGUUGGAGCAAGGCAAGCACCUCGUACUCUUGAUUUAGAUGAAAUGACUCCUUUCCAACCAGGCAAUAAUGUUGGUUUGACAACUCCACCACGAACUCUGACGCUGGAUGAAAUUUCCUUUCCCACCGUAGGAGAUAAGUCAGCAAUGAAAAAGAAGACAGCAGCUCAAGCAGUCAGGCAAUCAACAGAUGCCAAUUUGUCAGUCCUCCCAGCUGACAGCACAGCCCUGGUGGAGGCAACUCCAGGUGGUGACUGGGAUCGGCUCCAAAAGAAGAUCUACCUGCUAUCAAGCAGGGUCUCUGCGCUUGAGGAGGCGGGGAGACGGCAGGAGAAACGGGAGCAGAUAGUCAUAGGAAUCGGAAUCGUGUACCUCCUCUUCAAGGGUUUACGCUUCCUGUUCAGGUCACCGUACCCUUGAGGCAUUAUCUGGGCAGAAGCAAUAGAAAUGAAAAGUAAAUAUGAAAAGAGACUAUUUCCCUUGGAUCAAUGCACUUGAAGGUGACUAUCAUUACCUGUCUGUUGAAGCAGAAACCGUUCUUUGAAUCUGAGAACCAUUUUUUAUUUGACGGAAAUUAUGGAUAUCCAACAUUUAUGAUAAGGAUAUUAUGUACUAAUUCAAAGGUAUAUUGAAUAUAGCCAUGUUUAGUUACGUUGGUAACUUUAGAAUAACUUAACUAUGCGUCUGUGAAAUUUUUUUGCAGCUGCUCCAUGUGAAAGUUUGUAAAGAGUUACUUUCAGCAUGUUUUAAAGGAAUCAUAAUCACUUAAUUUUAUUGAGAUAUUUUUGCUAAUUGAUGCAAGUAACCGGUACCCUGUUUAUUCAUGCCGAAUUGUUGCAGAAAAAUCGCAGACCAUAUCUUAGACAUUUGACAUGUAGAAUCUUCCUGGUGAUUUCAGUCAAGCAGAUUUCUCCCAGAUAAUGAUGAUAUGAGCAAUAUUCUGCACCACUAAUAAACGCAUAGACAUAUCAUCGGCCGACAUCGUGGUCUUUCUUCUGGCCUGGCCGUGCCAAGUCUGACCAGGUCGCGUUGUUACAUGUAGGUUUUUGUGCUGGAUCUCCAUGCGCCUCGUCAUAGCAAAUUGGGAAAUGAUGUCUUAUUUGGUGUGACUUUGGAGCUGAAGUUGAACUACGAUGAUUGGUCAAGUUUAGAGUUAAAAUUUCAAAUUUUAUUGGACGUUUAAGUCUAGAAAUCUGUAAUGGGCAAGUUGUAACCCUGGAAAGUUGGGAUAAAAUUUCAACUCGGAUGGUAAAAAACAAAAAACAAGCAUCGAAUUGGCUCUACAUCAAAGCAGGAACAAAGCGCCAUGGAGAUGCGCGUUGCAUAGCUGCUGUAAUGUGUGUGCUGGCCUGCGAUAUAAUCAACUUGUUCCAAUCAGAUCUUGGUGCAAUCGCAUUGCAUUGUGUGCACUGGGUUUAACACUGCAAUAUUGGCCCAUGUAAACAGGGUAGAUUAAAUAUUCCUGAAAGAGAGCAAAAUGCACCAGUAAUUUACUCUGAAUUUGGUCUUGCCCGACAUAUCGGUGAGCAGGAUGAUUGUGUAUGCAUGAUAUUUUGCUCUGAAAAGAAUGUGUAAGAUAUAAUGUAAAGUACAGGUGUAUCAAUAUGAAGCAUUUAAUGGACAAACCACGGCACCAUCUUUCUGUUGCCAAAGGUGGCACCAUAGUUUUAUAAAGGUAUAAAAUGUCCAGUCUGAAUGAGAUUUCAAAUAAUGUCAAAUUUCUAGUUAUUGGCAGCUCUUUUUUACCAGUUUUUAAACAAGAUCAUUGUGUAUUUUGAAUGUUCCCUACUUUGGGCCCUGAUCUCCUACACCAUCUCUAUCAUUAGCCAAUCAUUAUAUGUAUAAUGUAGGGUCCUAAAGUGUGUUAGAUAUCAUACUACAUAAAUGGUUCCUAGAAUAAAAUGGAACAAGAUAUAUUGAUGUUUUUGACAUUAAUUUCAUGAUCAGAAUUUUUAUAAAUAAAUAAGAUUAGAAACCUUUCCUUUUGGUAUGACUCUGUAAUGCAUUCUUCAUGCAUUAUAAGCAAUAUGUAAAAAGGGUAUCAAAGCCAUUUGACAGGCAGUAAUUGAAUUACUAAGAGAAGAGCAUAUUUCAGAAAAAAUAUCAAAUUCUGUUUCAUUAUCAAAAAUUACCCCAAAUUAACCCAUCAUUGCAGGACUGCCUGCCACAACAAACAGUAACAAUUUGGAUUUUCACUCGCCAAUCCAUUUGUUGACGAUUUUCCAUUUUUUCAGUGGCAUUUGUUACAACAGAAGGCAUCCAUUUAAAACAAAUAAGAUUAUGAAAAUGCAAGCAAUUCUUUAAAGAAACAGAAGUUUAUUGUUCCAAGCCUUUCUGAUUGAGGUCUCAUUUUAAAUGGUCAAUAAUUCACUUCCAGAAAUUUGAUCCCAGUGUUGCCGGCUAAAAGAUUAUGUGCUGUAAUUUCUCCAAAUUGUUUAACUGACUAUAAAUGCGUAAAAGUCGUGCAUGUACAUGUAUACUGUUAGUCAUGAUUAUUAAAUCAAAGAAAAAUACUAGAUUUUCUGUAAGCUUCAUGAAUUAGUGUGAAGAAGUUAUGAAUUAUCAAUAUAUGAAUCUGUUCUAUUUUUUCUGGGAUGCACUGUAAAUCAAUGUAUAUUAUUUUACAUAAAACAAUCUUAUAUGCAGUCAGAGCAUGAGGACUAUGAUUUAUAUUAUGGAUAUAUGUUGUGUUUAUCAUUGUUUAUGAAACAAGAGGAGCGCCUCUGGCAGUCUCACCUGCAUCACGCGAUUCAAUAUAGCAGCAGUGCUGACUUUGAAAACUACUAUCAAAUAAUUAUUCACAAAAAACACCAUUCAUAUAAUGAUACAAUACUACGUUCAUUGACAUUUGACCUUGAUCAUGUGACCUAAAACUUGUCAGUGAUACUUGAUUACCCCUCUAUCCACAUUUUAUACACUAUGUAAACUUUGAAAGUUAUGACAGCAAUCUAAUAAUUACCUCUAAAAUGGCAAAAAUUCGAUGACCUUAACCCUAUCUAGGCCGGGGUAUUUUGGGAGUUCACAUGGUGGGGGGGGGGGGGGCCUCCCAGGCCCCCCUUUUAGAUCUCGGCCGUCGAUCACGCUGAGAAUUGGUACGCGGCUUGUCUGGGACAUAUUCUACGAAAUUGUGUAGAAAUUUUUUAAUGCGAAUUGCUUUAAUUGAUUAUGUUAAUUUAUGCGUAAUUAGUAUGCAAAAUCAUACUUUUUCCUCUAACUCCCUAAAUAAAGCUCCAAAUUUUUUAUUUUUUGGUAUAGAAACUCUUUGUGGUGUUCUUAGCAAGUUUACAUGAAUAAAAUUGCGAUAUCAAAUAAUUUUCUUAUGUAUUAUAUUGUUUUUUGCAAUUUCUUACGUAUUUUCGUGUUUUUUUACCUUUUGUUUUUCAUCGUUUUUCAAUGAAAUUUUUUGGGGACUCUUCCGAGAUUAUAAAAAGCAUAAAAUAAAUACAUUUAGACCAGCAAAACUAAAAUAAUCAUACAUUUACGAUUUUUGGUUGAAAACACAAUUUGCAUCUACUUUGUACACAAAAUCACGUUUUUUUUGCAAUUUUUGGUCUGAUAUGCACUUACAUAAUGUUGCGUAAUUUUGGAACCACGUACCCGGGUGAUGCAAAAUUGGUCUCAAAAGUUGCGCAUGACUUGAAAGUAAAAAGUCAGCGAGUGGCGUGGUGCAAAAAAUUCGCGCGGGGGGGAAAUAUUGUGCAAAUCGUUGAGGGGGGUCUCCGAGGUAAGAAGAGUCCUUUGCACUUCAGACCAUUCAUUUGAAGUUUAAAGCAUUCUACUUUGAUAAAAGAUUGUGUACGGUACCCAAUUAAAGGAGAAUGAAACCCUUGAAACCAACUGAAUCCAUAUCAAAGGGAAAAAUCAACGAAACAUAUUGUUGAAAGUUUGAGGAAGAUUGAAUGAAUAAUAAGAAAGUUAUGAGCAUUUGAAUAUUGAGAUCACUAAUGCCAUGUAGUUCCUCUCAUUGGCAAUGCGACCAAGAUCUGUGAUGUCACACACGUACAACUCCCUCAUUACUUUAGUACUUAUUUCACUUAUAUUCUCACUUUUAUAGAGUCUAUCACAAGGUGAGGUGUUCUCUUUAUGAGAGGACAAGUACAGAGGUUUCACAACAUUAUAUAAUUGAUGAAUCGUUUGUCAUAUGAUUAGAAUGAGCAAAAAGAGAUGUUUUGGGGUAUAUUUUCAGUGUCCAAAAGGGGAGAGUUGUUCAUCUGUGACAUCAAAGAUCUUGGUCGCAUUGCCAAUGGGAGGAUCUCCAUAGCAUUAGUGAUCUCGACAUUCAAAUGCUCAUAACUCUUCUAUUGCUAGUCCUAUUUUACUCAAACUUUUGUUGAUCUUAUUAUAUGACUUUUCUGCUUUCACAAAAGCUAACUUGCUCCAAGAGUGUCAUUCUCCUUUAAUCAUUGUUUUAUUUAUUUUCUCCUCAGUCUUUUUUUAAUCUACCAUUCCUACUCUUUCUAUCUAACUUUAUCACAUCACUCUUUGAUCUUGAGCUUCCCCAUGCCAUCUCCUUUUGUUUGUUCUCACCUCCUUUUCCAUUUCCUUCAAAUCUUUCUAAUUUUGCAUGAAAUAGAUAAGUUCACGUUCAGGUUUAUUUAUUAAAAACCAAAAACAUCACAUCAUAAUCAAAAUAGAUAUACAUGCAACACAACUGAGUACAUAAACACACAUCAAUUAGAUUAUAGCAUAGACGAAUUGGUUUUAGGACCCCUUAUAAAGCAAAGCUUGUGAGUAGGGCCCUGGAAUACUUAUGAUUGUUAACAUUAACAUAAUAUAGGAUAUACUAAUCUACAAAAUACAAAAAGAGAGAAAAAAUUAUAUAUUAAGGUUAAGAUGCCAAACUAGAAUGGAAAGCUAUAAUUAUAAACACACAUAUAUACACACCCGCACAACCACAUCCACCACACAUGCACAUUCUAAACAUAAAUGAGUAGGUCAUCAACUUAAAUGCAAAUACAUCAACUGAAAAUACAUUUUGAAGGAAAAUAAUCAUAAUCUGUCAAGAAAGCAAGUUUUGGAUAAUCUUUUGAACAUGAAAAGAGUUUUUUUUUUAUAUAUCAACAGGAAAACUGUUCCUCUCUUUACUGCAGGAUAUAUGAAAGGAGGUCAGAGUGACUUGUUCUCGCAAAUGGCUGACGAAUAAGAUCCAUUUGACGUGUAUUAUAAUCACAUAUUUUUGAAUUCUGAAGAAAUCAUUUUUUAAGGUACAUUCUUGAGGCAUUGAUUGUAGUUCGAACAUGAACAAUGCACAAUUGAAUGACACAAGUUCAUUUAGUGGUAGCAUUUUCAAUGCUACACCACAAAUUCCAUAAUGUUCAAGUUUCUUGAGAAGGAUAUCAUGGUCAAUGGUAUGAAAUGCCUUUGACAGGUCUAAAAAUAUCCCCAAUUUUGUUUUCAUCAAUAGUAAAAAUUACAUUUAGCUGUGUUGAAUAUAUAUGAAUUAUUACCUGAUUUUAAUGACAUUAUUCUACUUUUAUACUUAGGUGUAAAAUAGUUCAUUUGAAUAUGUAUCUAGGUGCUUAGAAAUUUGUGUAUUUAAUUGUUUAUUGCAGUAUAGGGAGUAAUUUGAAAGCAAGAAUGAGGUGGAUGAAGUAAUGAGUACAUCUUUUCACACUGAGAAAAUGCUGGUGUUAACAGAUCAAACUGAAACUAUAUGUUGAGUAGGUAAGGGGGGGGGUCCAAAUAUCUGCCUAAAUAAAGUCACCUUAUAGAUGUACUUGCUUAUGAAGAGCCAAAUUGAGCUCUUAGAAGAUUCCCUAUUACAUGAGUCAGGUUUUAAAAUUUGCUAAUGUAGAUUUUUCAUUAUCAUGUAUAAAAAAGGGAGAAAACAAUGAACAAAUUGUUUAUAUUGGUGGUUUGGGGAAAUUUACUGACCAAGUUGAAUUACAGGAUUUCAAUGACCUUGGCGAAACAUGUAACAAUGAAUCAUUUGAUUAUGAUUAUGUGAUUCUUGUGAUUGAGGAAUAAAAAAGGGUACACAUAGAUGAUUUUGAAAUGCCAUCCUUUUUUGCUUGGAGUAAUUUUUCAUAUAAAUAUUAGGAUAUAUACAGCUUUAUGAUGAUUAUGUCCUAUAAAGUAAAUAUUUUGUCUAUCCUGUGAUAAAUCACUAUAGCUAACUUUGACUUUAUAUUAAUCUUCUGUAAUGUUUACGCAUGUAAAGUUUGUACUAUGGAACCAUUUGGUAAUGUUAUCAGUGCACAUGUAUUGAGCAAAUUGAUAAUGAUAUUUUACACAAGAGACUCUGAAUGAUAAAGAUGAUUCUUUAUCCAGUACACAA